AUGGAGCUUGGCCACCCGACAUCGGCCCCAACCGCCCCACACCGCAAGGUGCCCGCUGGUCGAGAUAACGGCGCGGACGUCGAAGGGGGUUAUCGGCCAAUCGAAUCCCCCUCCCCUCUGCCUUCGCCCCAGCCAAUGAUUGUCGACCGUGGCUGGUGCAGCAGCCCACCAACGCAGCCGCCGCACAUGGCGUCCCAGUCGACCUCCACGUCCUCACAGACGUUCCUUCCUGUCCUGCGCGACGGCUCCGGGUCACAUCCGUCCAGCAAGCGGAAGUCAACGUCAACGUCCACAUCCACAUCCGAGAAGGGUCGCCGUUACCUCUCUCACCCCGAGACACGCUACCUCGAGAGGUACUAUGCGCGUCAAAACGUGACGGCUCGCAGACCACUAGCCAUGGCCCAGCUCAACAUGGAGCUCGACCCACUAUGGCAGGAUCUCGAUUGGGCCAUUGGCCAGAUGCUCAUCAUGGGCUGGGACGGCACCGAGGUGACACCCCAAAUCCGCUCCCUCAUCGAGGACCACCAUCUGGGAACCAUCAUCUUGACCGCCAAGAACCUUAAAUCUGCUCAAGAAACGGCCAAGUUGAUCAAAGAACUUCAGACGAUUGCUCACAAGGCUGGCCAUCCCAAGCCGUUGCUUAUAGCUCUGGAUCAAGAGAAUGGGGGUGUCAACAGUCUCUUUGAUGAAGACUACGUGUGCCAGUUCCCCAGUGCCAUGGGCGUGGCGGCCACGGGGCGGGUCGAACUAGCCUAUGAAGUAUCAAAGGCUACUGCAACCGAGGUCGGGGCGUGUGGCAUCAACUUCAUGCUCGGCCCUGUCCUGGAUGUUCUCUCGAACGCCAGGUACCAGCCCAUUGGAGUUCGAGCGACUGGAGACGACCCCCAAGAGGUCUCCCAGUAUGGCAUCGCUGCCAUCAACGGUAUUCGCGAUGCCGGUCUCGCCUCCUGUGGGAAACACUUCCCCUCUUAUGGAAACCUGGACUUCCUAGGAUCCAGUCUAGACGUACCAAUCAUCACUCAGACGCUGGAAGAGCUGAGUCUGAGCGCGCUGGUACCCUUCCGCAAUGCUAUCGCCACUGGCAAGCUUGAUGCCAUGUUCGUGGGAGGAUGUGCCAUCUCGAAUCCCUCCAUGAACGUAUCACAUGCGUGCCUAUCCAACCAAGUCGUCGACGAUCUUCUCCGUGAGGAGCUAGGGUUUGACGGUGUUGCCAUCUCAGAGUGUCUUGAAAUGGAGUCACUUACCCAUGAGCUUGGAGUACAGAACGGAGUAGUCAUGGCCGUUGAGGCAGGAUGUGAUUUGGUUCUUUUGUGCCGAGCCUACGACGUACAGCUGGAAGCCAUCAAGGGCCUCAAACUGGGUGUCGAUAAUGGCAUCUUCACCAAAGAACGGAUCUACACCUCGUUGAAGCGUGUGUUACGACUGAAAGACACCUGCACGUCUUGGCAGACAGCCCUCAACCCACCUGGAAUAUCUCUGCUCUCUAAGCUACAUCCAUCACACAUGGCCCUGUCCAGGAAAGCAUAUGACGACUCGAUUACGGUCAUCAGAGACAAGGAGAAACUCUUACCCUUAUCGGAAUCCAUGCACAAGGAGGAAGAGUUGUUGCUUCUCACACCACUGGUCAAACCAUUACCAGCCUCGAGCUUGACGAAAAGCAUUCUCCAGGCCAAAGAUGCACAAGGGCUAGCUCCAACGCCUCACGAUAAAUGGCUUCACCGAGAGAAGGGAGCAAUAAUGAGCGGAGAGGUCCAUGAGAACCUCAUCCAUAGAGCGUCGUGCAUUAUCAUCGUCACUGCGGAUGCGAACAGGAAUCUGUACCAAGCUGGCUUCACGAAGCAUGUAGAGAUGAUGUGCUCGAUGUUGCGAACGCGGGGCCAGAAGAAGUCCGUCAUCGUCGUAGCUGUGAGCUCUCCUUAUGACUUCGCCAUGGACAAGUCGAUCGGUACCUACAUCUGCACCUUUGACUUCACGGAGACUGCAAUGCAUGCACUGGUGCGGGCUCUCUGUGGACACAUUGUGCCAAAGGGAACCCUGCCAGGGACGCUGCGGAAGAGUAAGAAGGUCCUCAAGUCACGCCAGCAUUGGAUUGUGGAAGAGUAUGAUCGCCACCGCGACGCCCAUGGACUCGAGGAGCUCACCAAAGCCGUUGCCCGGGCCAAUAUAGUCGAUAUGGGUCACUUGGAGUCGAUGCCUGCUGCGAGUUUUGAGCUGUUUAACCAAAACAUUGAAGAAGCGCACUUUGUCGUCAGAAACAGCAGCACACACGCCUUGUACGGGUUUGCAGCCACAUACUUUGUAGACGGAACCGGUAUUCUGGGAGCCAUCUUUGUGGAUCCCUCAAAGCGCAACGUCUCUGUUGGACGAUCUCUCCACCGACGAGCGUUACGGUAUCUCAUUGGCAAGCGAGGCGUGAAGAAACUACAGCUGGGAACCACGUUUCCGGGCGUGUUUUUGGGCAUCCCCAUCGACGAGGGCGGUGUCAAGAACUGGUUCGCCAACAACGGCUGGGACGUCCAAUUCCCCAAACGGCUAACCAACCUGAUAAUCAAUGACCUGAGCGGCUGGAGCAUUCCCGAGGGCCUGCUGCAAAGUAUCCAGCGAGCGAACCUUAGCUUCGAUCUGAUACACGGCCUGGAAAAUGCCGAAAGCGUCCUCAGUCACGUUGGCAGUUGCGCGAACCCCGAGGUCUUGGAGUUGUACAAGUGCGCUUUGCAAGAAACGAAGGCUUGCGGUAUAGUGCGGGCAAAAGGGCCGGGCGAUACGCUGCUCGGGACUAUCAUCAUCUGCAGACCAGGCAGCCCGCUCUCAACCUUUGUACCUCCGCUGCUCUCGAACGUAGAUGAGGGGAUCGGAGGUGUCCUUGCACCGGUCGUACACCCUGGGUCACAGGAUACCUUGGUUCUCCAGGGGUUGACUCUGAUGGGCGUCCGUCAGAACAAGGCACACAAGUCGGCGAAGACUGUGCUCAGCUGGAUACAAGACGACUCUUACGAAAAUGUCAUGGCAAUGGGGUUUGAGAUAUUGCAGGCAUACGAGGAACUUACGACUACACCGGAUAACUGGUCUGAUUUGAACUAG